UUUGUAAUUUUUUCCUUUAGUUUUAUCUUGGUUGUGACACAUGCUUUUGUCAAUGGAUUUUUUUGUGUGUCUGUGAGCUGAAAACAAAUAUUACCUAAUUUAUGCAAAAGGGAUUUAUGCGAACUUAUCUCAAAAUACUAAUUAUUCGUUGUGGAAAUAGCAUAAAAAUGAGCGUGAUGACACAGGACCGACAAGUGACAUUGAUGACACAUACAUACUGCGGAAGCCUCGUCGGGGAGCUAAGCCGUCUUCAAAGACAAAUUUCCUCUAUUGGGAAAUCAAAAAUUACCCUCCAUGACAGUGCAAAUCUUGCAGUAACAUUUAGGGGUCAAAGAUUUUAUGACUACCACCCAGUGGGUUUUCCAAUACACUGGAAUAGCUAUACAAAAAACAAGGGUAGCAGGCUUGGCAUCCAAGUUGUACAACACGUGCAGGUAGUCUUCAACUUUCAAGCAUCACAAUUUGAAUGUUGACAGAACUUACCCAAAAUUUUCAUUAUCUUGCACCUUUUUUUCCCAAUGUACAAAAGGAAAGCGUUAGAUAUUGCAACAAAUUAGCCUCUGUUUACUCAUGCACAAUAAAAUUUGCACACAUGGGCCCAGGGUUAAUGAGAUUAUAAAGGCAUAAUCAGACUUUUUAAAUCAGAUUUUCAUCAGUGGCUUCAAGGGAUGACAAUAGACUUGAAUGUAACAGUUUUUUUAUUCAAGAAAUCAAAGUGUUAAUUAAUUAAAGCCACAUUUCACACAAAAUAUAUGUUGAUUUUCAUUCCUGUUACAUGCCAAAAAUUACUGCGUGAGAUCUCCAGCCCUGAUAUUUUUGUAACUAUUUUUGGGUGGCAGUAGGUGGUAUGCAUUUGAGAAAAAAAAAAUCUGAAAUCAGCUGUUACCAUAAAAAGCCCAUAAAAAGAGAUUUAAAGAACACCCAGAUUACCCAGACACAAUACAGUGUACUUUUCUUGCAUGGUGUAGUCUACAUGCUUAAGACAUGUUACAUCCAACAACAAAGCCGUUGGCACUCAGCCAAGUCUGGCACCGUGCCAAGUCACUGCUGUGUGGACGAUUCCAAUGGUUCAGUCCUAGAGGGGUUUUUUAUUUAGCCACAAUCAUUUGCCCGGCUGUUCGUUACAUACAAUGUUGGUAAAUGUCGAAAUGUAAUGAUAAAUUGCAUGUUGUUUCAUCUAAAUCAUAUCCACCUAAAACCUGCUGUGCAAGAUAAUGUGUGUUUUGCUUGUUACAUGUACAUGUUUAUUAUAUAAGAUAUGCAACGCUGUUUUAAUUUUGGAGUCGUUUGUUUUAUUGGGUUUUUUUUUUAGAUGUCAAAGCUGUCCAUUUUUUAAUGCAUUUGAAAAUUUUGGACAGCAGGUUAAAAUUUGCAGUUGGUUGUGAGAAAUCCAAAACUUGCAGGAGGAUAGUCAAUUUCAACAUGGCUUAUUAGGUUGGUUGCCCUUGUGGAAGGUUUUAAAGGAUGGACAUUGGUGAAACUGUUGAUGAGAAGUUUCAGGGAUUUUCAAAGAGUCAGGAAUUUGGGGAAUUUGUGAAAUCUCUUUCAGUUUUCCCUAAACAAAGUUUGAUGCUUGUUAAAGCAGAAGAGAAUUUGCAUGUUUUUAGAUGUCACAGAUUUUACAUGGCUUAAGUGUCAGAAUAUAUGGUACUUAUAAGCCAGGCAAUUUGCAGCUUACAAGGGUCUUGGGAUCUAUUAUUUUCUGUCAAAGUUUCAAGUAGAAAUUGAGAGCAAAUGCAUCUUUCUUUCUUUUUUCACAUUCAUUACAAUUCGUCUUUGAAACAAAGUGUAAAGCAAUCAGUCUUAUAUUGUGAAAUUUUUUCUCAUCCAAGAUCAACCAAACUUUUUAUCUUAAUGAAAAUUCACAUUCAAAUUGAAAGUUUCCAGUCAGUUUCCAGAAAUCUCCCUAAGAUUUUUGCACUCCUUCAAGAAAUUCACUACAUUCAGAAUUCUCCAGAAUUACCUAGUAUACUGCUGUGAACAUUUACUGGAAGAUGGUGAUUUUGAAUCCAAUAUGAAUCUGGACAUUUAGACAUCAGUCAUUAAACUGGUCUGAGUUUUUAUGUGUCGAGUGAAUUUUUUUCACUUGCUCAGAAUGCACACACCUUGUUUGGACUACUCUGUCGCAGCGAUACACUAUCAUUAUUUUACUUUUGAUGACCGAGAUUUCCAACCGUACAUGUAUGUAAUUUGGCCCAUAACGUGUCACUUUUGUUUUAGCAAAUGAGGUACACAAAAAUGGUUGGAAUAUGUUUUAUGUAUAGCAAUUAUGUUAGCCCCUGCAGGUGCCAGUGUACUUUCAGUUUGCUGUUUCAGGAAACGCGUUGUUCACGCAUGACCCAUGGGAUAUGCUGCACCGUUGUUUUCCGCUUGCAAGGCUUGUCCCAGGUUUCAUGCUAUAGGGAUUUGCUUUUUUGAACGGGAACUUAUACUUCCUCCAACUCCUGUCGUAGGCUUCAAAAAUUUAAUGGUUGGGGUAUCAAAAGUGAAACUCGGGCGAGGAAUCACGUGUGCAUAUGAGUGUAAAUUCUCUCCCCCCCCCCCGCAAAUACCAGGUUUAUCUCUGUUGUGCGAAAGCGUUUGUUUUGAAGUAUUCUUUAAUUGAUCAUGUCAUUUUUCUACAUGCAGUUAUUUCAGUAUUUUCAUACUGAGCUCAUUUGUCAGAUUUGAGUCACCUUUAAAAAUCAACUAGUACAUGUACAUGUACAAGUUUUACUUGGCAUGUACUCACCAUCUUCGUUUUCAUUUUGAAUGUUUGCAUUGAGGAAUUUUUGGUUCCACUCAUCUGUUGAGUGAAGAGAGUCCGCUUCGGAAAAGACAAAUUGUUUGUCUUUUCACUAAUUUAUGCAGAAGAGAGAAGAUUAACUCCUUCUUGGAGAUAGAUUGUGAAAAAAAACAGCUGUCUUGUGCAGAAAUAGUUAUGGCAUUACCUUGUCUCUUUGCCACCCCUUUUCACAAAGUGGUAUGGCCUGAUGAAUUAGUAAUUACAUGUAGUUGAGUUGGAAGCAGGUGUUAGGGGGUCUAGCAUACAUGUACACAGGAGUGGGUGAGGAGUUGACUAAACUCAGCUGAUGGUUCUUCCUUGUACUGUACAUGUAAAUUAUGAACAAUGACGCAAAAUUGCAGUUUAAAAAACAAGUAUUCAUUUAGCUGAAUAUCCAUUUAUUAUUGUUCUUACUAGUUUUGAUGGUAUUUAUAUGUUUUCUGCCCACCAUCUCCAAACAUUUUAUAAGUGCAGUCAAAUGUGCUGGUACUUAAUGUACAUUUGGGCAUGGUGUACAUAAGUGUUGCACUUCACAUUUACAUAUUAAGUUGACUUUUUAGCAACAAAAUGUGAAUUGAAAAAAAAAAAAUGAAUUAACCCUUCCAAAAUUCUGCACGUCUCAAGUUUCUAACCUCCCUCCCCGAAAAAUGAAACGGCUUUGCCAUUACAGCAUCCAGUGACCUUUCAGGUUUUAAUCAGAGAGCACACUGAUACUAGUGAUAGAAUGAAGCGAUGAUAUAAAAUGCCACAUGAUUCAUAACCAGCAGGCCGUGGUAGGCCUUCUUUGGAUGCCUGCAAAUACCCUGCAGCACUAACAUACAUGUACAUGUAUGUACCUAUGUCAUCUUGAGCAAUUAAGGGUGGCUGGCCAAGUGGGCUUUGGAUCUCAUGCCUGGCACUAUCCACAUUUCACCACCUGUCAUGUGGUUUGAUUGAUGUAGACAAAAUGAGGGCGAAAGAGGUUUAUUUUGCUGUCCAUUUUCAUGAAUAAAUUUUUAAACUCAUUAACAUGCAAGGCUUAUUCUUCACAGGCUUUUAAAAACAUUUUCAUUGUAUGCAGAUGUGAAUUUACAUGGGGGCCUACAUCUUGCAGUAAAUCCUGAAAUCAUUAGAAUGUACAUAUGAAAUAAACUUGCUAUUUAUCCUUUCAUUAUUACGUACGAUUGGGUCAGGUUAUCAGAUUUCGAAUGUGGACGAAAAUUAAAUAAUCUGUCUGAAACUCAAAACUUAUUCACAUUUUUGAAAAAUAGGUGUUAUUGUUCAAAUAUGUUGUAGCUGAAGUUGAUUAAAAUUAUUUGUGUAUGUGGUAGCUUCAGGCAGAAUGUAUUGUCUAAAAACAGCCAAAAUGACGGUAGUAACUAGACAAAGCAGUGCUCGCGCAAAAACAGGAGGAGGCAGGUGCAAGAAGUGAGUAUUGAUUUUCAUCUGAAGGCGAGAGUACCCUCUUUAGACACGUGGUGGCUUCCGGAAAAGAUGCAGCAGGCUUAGCUGAAUGAUGUGUGGUUAUGAAAUAAUGGGUUGUGGGAACAAUAGAGGAAACUGGGAUUGAGCCCAAUGGAGAGCAUCUCAUGGUGAGGAAGUCACUGCUUAAUUGAUAGGACAGACGGAUUUGAGGUAAAACCCCCUUGGCGGUUUUUGUGGCCUGGCUGAUCAGUUGAAGGAGCUGACAACCGCAAAUGGUGAAUUGCCACUAAUCAGCUGCUUGAAAUUCUUGGGCAAUUGCUCAUUUUAUUUUGUUGGUGCAUGCUCCACACAAAUACAUGCAACUUCAAGUAGAGGUGUUUGGUAAAAACCGUGUAACUGAAUACAUGUACAUUAUAUUCAGGUAGGGCACCUUUCUGAAUUAAAUCUGUUUUAAAGAAAUAAGAAGUUGGAAUAGUUCAGUAUCGAUAUUCAUUAUAACAUGAAGAGAUGGAAAUCAAGACUCCACAGAAACGGUUGAAAUAAUGAAGUUGAACAGAGCCAGUCAAAUAGUUAGUUUUGAUUUUUAAAAAAAGGGGCAGUAGGCUAAGAAAAAUUCCUGCCAGGUAAGUUGAGAAAAGGGUUAACUUGAAAGUUUAAAAAAAAAUAGAAAAAAAUAGUAAAUUCUACAACUUGGUGUCAUGUGUUACAAAUCCUGGGAGUCAGACUCCAUAUUUAAAGAAGAUUAUUUACCUGUAGUGCAAUUUGGUAUCAGAAAUAAAAUCAAAGCGGAAGUAGGCCACUCAGCGGUUGAUAGCGUGUAGUUUACCUACACAGAGAUAACUGAAGCCCAGCUGGGCUGGGUCACAAAGGUUAUGUUGUGGUGGAGAUGUGUAUUGUCAUUCCCUGUGAGAAAUUUUCCAGUGUACAGGUUUAAUUGGGUGCGUGGGCGUGUGAGCUGCAUGUAGGUAAACAUGCAGAGGGAUUGCCUUAUCUGAGCUUAAACUAGAAAUGAAUGUAAAGCUAGGGCAUUUAAAUAGUCCGCAUCAGGCCCAAUAAAAGUGUCUAGUUUCUGCUCAUUGGUUAACUGUAAAAUUGCUGUGGUGCGACACAUUUUUAUUUCUUUUUGGGGAAAAGGACUUCAUUUUACUUUUUUUCUUUUGUGUAUGUAGCCAAAACAGUAACACUGGCAACAAAGGCAAGACUUGCUGACAACAGUCAGUCUUUCUGUUUUUGUCUGGAAGCAAUAUAGAUCUUGUUAGCAUGUCAAUGGCCUUGGAACCUGUGGCACAGGGGACAGCCAUUUAAAUAGCUCUCAUGAUAAGGUGCUACACCCGCAUGUACAUAUGUUCAUUCUGUGUGCGCAGCAAGCAUUGAGAACAAGGCCUGCCAGGUGUUCUCCAAACAGUCAGAAGGAGCAGGAGAAACGUAUCCGGCGGGAAAUUGCCAACAGCAACGAGAGACGCCGCAUGCAGAGUAUUAACUCCGGCUUCCAGUCACUUCGCACACUCCUGCCAAACCACGAUGGUGAAAAACUUAGCAAGGCAGCCAUUUUGCAGCAGACAUCAGAUUUCAUCUACCGCCUGGAGCAAGAGAAGACCCAGCUGCUCAACCAGGUGAUACACUUCAAGCGCAUCAUGCGCAAGUAUGAGCGGGAGGACCCGGACUCACCCUCACCCAAGCGGCGGAAGCGCCAAGACAGCAUGACGGAUGAGGGCAUUGGCAGUCCUGAGAACUUUGAAGACACAAAUAUUGACGAAUUGAAACGAGAGCUGGUUGAUCUACGUUGCCAGCUGGACAGAGAGAGGCGGUAUCGCAUGCUUUUGGAGGAACAGAACAGGUCCCUGGAGUCACAGCUGUACCCAGAGAAACUCAAGGAGUUGGCCCAGCAGAUUAAACUCCAAGAGCAGAGGGCCUAUGAAGAAAGGAAGAUCCUGGAGCAGGCACCACCUGCACCACGUCCGGUCAUCAUGCAGUACCAAAUCCCCCCUCCACAGACCCACAUCAUCAGCCCCGCUACCACGCUGACCACGUCGCGGCAAAACCUGGAGACCAUCGUGCAGGCCAUCCGGCACCUGGAAGGUGAGAAGACCACUCCAGGCAACACGCCCCAGCAGACACCCAGCCACACGCCCACCCCGGAGGACGAGGCCCGGAAGGUGAGGGAAGACGAAGAGACGCUAAGUGGCGACGAAGAUGUGUAUCGGAAAGAGCACAGUGAGCGCUCGGUAAUCGUGACUGAUUCGGAGACCAUCCGCAACGUCAGUAACAGAGUAACUGUUGAACUUCUCCACCCAAUUGACAGGCUCAAGACACGUCCGAGCAUCAUCGUUUCAUGAGAGUCGUUUGUGCAUUGAUAUUUAUUCCUAACAUUAGCCCAUAUACUAACAGCUUAAAUAGCAUGCUAGUCAACUUAGUCUCCAAUGUUACUGUAUACUGUAGUUGAUAUUUAUUGAUACAUACUGUCUAGUUAAGGCUCAUUGUGUAGAUUCAAAGUAGAGAACAUGUAGGUAUGUAAAGUGAUUUUUCUGUAGUUUACCCCUGGGUGAUAUUGCUGAUGAUACACGCGUAUGUGCUUGUUUGUGAAUUUGUCUUGUCAGUGACGUGCUUUGGUCAUUGUCUUGUUGCUGAGUAUAACUUUAUCUCCUCAUGCCAUUUUGAACUUCAAUCUGACCAAAUAAUGUGUUGAAUCAUAUUGGCAGUGAUGGUAGCUGGUACAUUUCAAGGUUUCUGAUCGGUUCUUCUGCGCAUGUGAGGGUGUUGAUUGGCUAGCAUUUUGGUUGUUUCACAAGCAGAAUAUGUGCUAGCUUGAUAAGUUCAGUCUUUGCAUCCACACAGAUACUUGAUUCAUAAAUAUGCUGCCUCUGCAGUCACUUAUUGACCUCGUUCCUGGACCAGAUCCCAAAGUGAGUCACAAAUAAGAAUGUUCAUACUAGGAAGGAUGAUUUGACUUAGUCACAACUCCGUCUGGUACCUGUCUGGCAAGGGAGGGAGGGGGCACGGGGACAUGAGGAUACCGUUUGGCACGGUGUCAGUACAAGUUACAAAAAAGUUGGAAGCCAAGUCAUGCCAAGAUGGGAUUGCGGAUGUGAUACAACGGUGAUGCAGCAAUAGUGGAAGUAGGUGUCUGGAAAGCACCCAGGGCACAAGUCAAAACCUGUUAGGUCCAAAGUGUGCAAGUGUUUGGCUGGCCUGCAUUUCUUUUGCCGUGUCAAAAAGUCUAAAACUCUGCAAAAAUAUGACUCAAUUUGCAUCGGCAGACCGGGGCUUGGACAAACAGACAGGACUGUGGGCUUGAUCUUUUCGCUGGACACAUAAUGGCAAACACAAGGCUCUAAUGUCAAUAAACCAACACAUGUUGAACGAA